CGCAAGUAACCCGUUUCUCGCCGAAACGGCAGGCCCGCUUUGGAAAUUGCGCCCAUUCCCAAAGGAAGGAUGGAGCGCAUGUCGAACGCCUUCGCCGUGCUGGAGCUGGACGCCGUCGACGACCGCCUCGACGGCGGUUCCUCCGCCGCCGCGCCCGAGAAGAGCAGCGCCGGCAGCUCAGCUAAGAAGAAUAAAGAGGCUAAUGGUUCUGGUAAUGGUGUGCCGAUGAAGAACGAAAAACCAGACGAGAAAAGUUCAGCGAUGCCUUUGCCUGAGUACAGGAUGCCUCUUGUGUGGAUUGACUUGGAAAUGACUGGUUUAAAUGUUGAAGUUGAUAGGAUUCUAGAGAUUGCUUGUAUAAUAACAGAUGGAAAUUUGACCAAAUCUAUUGAGGGUCCUGAUCUAGUCAUCCAUCAAAGUAAAGAAUGCCUGGAUAGAAUGGGAGAAUGGUGUCAAGAUCAUCAUGCGGCUAGUGGGUUGACAGAAAGGGUCCUUCAUAGUACGUUAACAGAGAGAGAAGCGGAAAUGCAGGUUAUGGAAUUUGUGAAGAAAAAUGUGGGAACUUAUACACCCCAUUUAGCUGGGAAUUCUGUUUAUGUUGAUCUUAUCUUUCUAAAGAAGUACAUGCCCGAUUUGGCUAGUCUUUUUUCCCAUGUACUCGUUGAUGUCAGUAGCAUCAAGGCUCUGUGUUUCCGAUGGUAUCCUAAAGACCAAAAGAAAGCCCCUUCAAAAGAAAACAAACACAGAGCAAUGGAUGACAUCAGGGAAAGCAUCUCGGAGCUGAAAUACUACAAGCAAAAUAUAUUUAAGCCAUCCAGGUCCAGACAAUGAUGUAGAUAAUGUCGUGCACCAUGCAGAGUGCUUCAUCUAGAGGUGUGAUUUCUAAGUACCCCCCGGAUGGCUUUCACAAUUGAAUAGCACGUCCUCUGAUUGGGGUGAACCGUCUUUCUUUGGGGGCUUUUUAUAUCAAUGUUUUGCCUGCUAUAUUAGGUAUAAUCCAGUCAUUUGUCAUGUAAGCUAAUGUACUAUAGAUUUUGCCAACAGUUCUGCAUGAAUUAUUUAUGAUGCACUUAUUUGUGCGUUGGUGAUUACUGGUCUGACGAUGGGUGGAUGAAGAUGAUUUCGCAUUUA